AUGCUUGCAAGUCACCCGAAGGGUAAGGAGAAGGCACAGUCACACCCUGGGCUGAAGGAAACGGCACCUGUCAAAGGCAAAAGGACAUUGGCCCUCACAGAUGAUGUCCCAGCUCCUCCUGCCCCCUUUAAUCACCGUAUUGUGACAGCCAAGCAAGCAGCAGUCAACAGUUUUUACACUGUGAGCAGAACUGAAAUUUUAGGAGGGGGGCGCUUUGGCCAGGUACACAAGUGUGAAGAGAAAGCAACAGGUCUAAAGCUGGCAGCUAAGAUCAUCAAGACCAGAGGCACAAAGGAUAAGGAUGAAGUAAAGAACGAGAUCAACAUCAUGAACCAGCUGGAUCAUGUGAACCUCAUUCAGCUCUAUGAUGCGUUUGAGUCUAAGAAUGACAUUGUGCUGGUCAUGGAGUACGUGGAUGGAGGGGAGCUGUUUGAUCGCAUCAUCGAUGACAACUACAAUCUGACCGAGUUUGACACCAUCCUGUUCAUCAAGCAAAUAUGUGAGGGCAUAAGACACAUGCAUCAGAUGUACAUUCUCCAUUUGGAUCUGAAGCCUGAGAAUAUCCUGUGUGUGAAUCGGGAUGCUAAACAAAUAAAAAUUAUUGAUUUUGGAUUGGCCAGAAGAUACAAACCCAGAGAGAAGCUGAAGGUGAAUUUUGGAACCCCAGAAUUUCUUGCUCCUGAAGUUGUGAACUAUGAUUUUGUUUCCUUUCCCACUGACAUGUGGAGUGUGGGCGUCAUUGCCUAUAUGCUACUGAGUGGAUUGUCCCCCUUCCUGGGUGACAAUGAUGCUGAGACCCUGAACAACAUCCUGGCCUGCAGGUGGGACUUACAGGAUGAAGAAUUUCAGGACAUCUCAGAGGAAGCCAGAGAGUUUAUCUCCAAGCUUCUGAUUAAGGAGAAGAGUUGGAGAAUAAGUGCAAGUGAGGCUCUCAAGCACCCCUGGCUGUCAGACCACAAGCUCCACUCCAGACUCAUUUCACAGGAAAACUGCUGCGGUUGCUGCUGCUUUGAGAAGAUUUUUGGAAAAAUCAGCAGUUCUGAUGCCUUGACCCCUGUGAUGACGGGUGGCCCUGGGGGGGCAGUGGAACCGCUGCACUUGAACUCUGAGUACCCAGUUAAGGGGGACACCUAG